UCUCGCACUUUCUAAAACCUUCUCAUCUUCAGGAACCAUGUCUAGCAAAUCCAUCAGGAAGACUCAAACCAUCAGCCAUCGUGGCUUCAGUGCCGGCUCAGCCAGAGUCCCUGGGGCCUCCCGCUCUGGCUUCAGCAGCAUCUCUGUGUCCCGCUCCAGGGGCAGUGGUGGCCUCGGUGGAGUGUGUGGAGGUGGCUUCGGCAGCCGCAGCCUCUACGGCGUGGGGGGCUCCAAGAGGAUCUCUAUCGGAGGGGGCAGCUAUGGCAUUGGUGGCGGAUAUGGUGGCAGAAUUGGAGGUGGCUUUGGCUUUGGCGGUGGAGCCGGGAGUGGAUUUGGUUUUGGCGGUGCAGCUGGUAGUGGCUUUGGGCUCGGUGGUGGAGCUGGCUUUGUUGGUGGCUAUGGGGGCUCUGGCUUCCCUGUGUGCCCCCCUGGAGGCAUCCAAGAGGUCACUGUCAACCAGAGUCUCCUGACUCCCCUCAACCUGCAAAUCGACCCCGCCAUCCAGCGGGUGAGGACCGAGGAGCGGGAGCAGAUCAAGGCCCUCAACAACAAGUUCGCCUCCUUCAUCGACAAUGUGAGAUUCCAGGAGCAGCAGAACCAGGUCCUGGACACCAAGUGGACCCUGCUCCAGGAGCAGGGCACCAAGACCGUGAGGCAGAACCUGGAGCCUUUGUUCGAGCAGUACAUCAACAGCCUCAGGAGGCGGCUAGAAUCUCUCCCCUUCUUUAGUGGCUGCCUGGACUCAGAGCCCAGACACAAGCAGAGCAAGAGAGAGGACUUCAAGAACAGAUAUGAAGGAGAAAUCAAUAAGCAUGCAGCAGCACAGAAUGAAUGUGUAACCCUGAAGAAGGAUGUUGAUGCUAUCUGCACAAAUGAGGUUGAACUGCAAGCCAAGAUAAGUACACUUAGUGAUCAGAUUGAUUUCUUGUGUACCUACUUUGAGCAGGAGUGUUCUCAAACGCAAUCCCGCAAUUGAGACAUUUCUGUGGUCCUCUCCACGGACAACAACCAUAAUCUCAACCUAGAUAGCAUCAUCUCUGAGGUCAAAGGCCUAUAUAAGGAGAUCACUCGGAGGAGGUAAGCUGAAGCUGAGUCCUUAUACAGACCAACAUAUGAGGAGCUGCAAACCAAGGUUAGCAGACAAAGGGACAACCUACACAACACCAAGCAGGAGACUGCUGAGCUCAACCAUGUGUUCCAGAGACUGAGAUCUGGCAUCAACCACACCCAAAAGCAGUGCGCCAACCUGCAGGCCGCCAUUGCUGAUGCUGAGCAGCGUGGGGAGCUGGCCCUCAAGGAUGCUAAGAAUAAGCUUGCUGAUCUGGAGGACGCCCUGCAGAAGACCAAGCAGGACAUGGCCUGGCUGCUGAGGGAGUACCAGGAGCUGAUCAAUGUCAAGCUGGCCCUGGAGGUUGAGAUUGCCACCUACAGGAAGCUGCUGGAAGGCGAGGAGUUCAGGUGGCUGAGUGGGGAAGACGUUGGACAAGUCAACAUCUCCGUGGUGCAGUCCACCGUUUCCAGCGGCUAUGGCGGCGCCAGUGGUGUUGGCGGUGGCUUAGGCCUGGGUGGAGGCAGCGGCUACUCCUAUGGCAGCGGUCACAGUAUUGGAGGUGGCUUCAGUUCCGGCAGUGGCAGAGGCAUUGGGGGUGGCUUGAUUUCCACUGGGGGUGGCAGUUCCACCAUCAAAUACACCACCACCUCAUCCUCCAGCGGGAAGAGCUACAAGCCCUGAAGUCUGCUCUUGUCCCCUCUUCGUCUCCGGCCCCCUCUCCAGCUGCAUUGUCCUCUCCUCCAGUUGCUCCUUCUCUCCUGCUUCUGACUUCUCUUGGCCUCUGAGUUAGAGCUGAAGUU